CGCGGAGGGCGCGCGUGCGCAGUGGCGCGGGGAGGAGCAGGCACCCGGCGGCAGGCGGGGAGGCUGCGAGCAGCCGCGAACCGGGCGGGCGCGCGCACCAUGGGGGAGAAACCGGGCACCAGGGUCUUCAAGAAGUCAAGCCCUAACUGCAAGCUCACUGUGUACUUGGGCAAGCGGGACUUUGUGGAUCACCUGGACAAAGUAGAUCCUGUGGAUGGCGUGGUGCUCGUGGACCCAGACUACUUGAAGGAUCGCAAAGUGUUUGUGACCCUCACCUGCGCCUUCCGCUAUGGCCGCGAGGACCUGGAUGUGCUGGGCCUGUCCUUCCGCAAAGACCUGUUCAUUGCCACCUACCAGGCCUUCCCCCCCGGGCCCAACCCACCCCAGCCCCCCACUCGCCUGCAGGACCGGCUGCUGAGGAAGCUGGGCCAGCAUGCCCACCCAUUUUUCUUCACAGUGAGGAUGCUCCUCACCCUGUACAGGGCAAGGGGUCUAGGGCUGAGCUUGGGGGGUGGGCACCUGUCACAGAUGGAUCUGGAAGAAACAAUACCCCAGAACCUGCCCUGCUCUGUCACCCUGCAGCCGGGCCCAGAGGACACGGGGAAGGCCUGUGGAGUAGACUUUGAGAUCCGAGCCUUCUGUGCCAAAUCUCUAGAAGAGAAAAGCCACAAAAGGAACUCUGUGCGGCUGGUGAUUCGAAAGGUGCAAUUUGCCCCGGAGAAACCCGGCCCCCAGCCAUCAGCAGAAACCACACGCCACUUCCUCAUGUCUGACCGGUCCCUGCAUCUAGAGGCUUCCCUGGACAAAGAGCUGUACUACCACGGGGAGCCCCUCAACGUCAACGUCCACGUCACCAACAACUCCACCAAGACCAUCAAGAAAAUCAAAGUCUCCGUGAGACAGUAUGCUGACAUCUGCCUCUUCAGCACUGCCCAGUAUAAGUGUCCUGUGGCUCAGAUCGAACAAGAUGACCAGGUGUCACCCAGUUCCACAUUCUGCAAGGUGUACACCAUCACCCCGCUGCUCAGUGACAACCGGGAGAAGCGCGGUCUUGCCCUGGACGGGAAGCUCAAGCAUGAAGACACCAACUUGGCCUCCAGCACCAUCGUGAAGGAGGGGGCCAACAAGGAGGUGCUGGGUAUCCUGGUGUCCUACAGGGUCAAGGUGAAGCUGGUGGUGUCUCGAGGCGGGGACGUCUCUGUGGAGCUGCCGUUUGUCCUCAUGCACCCCAAGCCCCACGACCACAUCACCCUCCCCAGGCUCCAGACAGCUGCUCCUGACACAGACGCCCCUGUGGACACCAACCUCAUUGAAUUUGAUACCAACUACGCCACGGACGAUGAUAUCGUGUUCGAGGACUUUGCCCGGCUUCGGCUGAAGGGGAUGAAGGAUGAGGACUACGAGGACCAGUUCUGCUAGGAGGAGGGCUCAGGGGAAACAGGAAGGCACAGCACUGUCCCUGGGAGCUGGGCAGGGCGGACACAUGCGACCCGGUGGUGACCUGCCAUGGCCGUGUGCCUGUGUUCACAGUGCCUUAUGGAUGCUGCAGCCACCCGAUCCCGGGGCUUACUGGAUGGAACCCGCGUGACAUCCUGUGGGGCCUGGUGUCAUCAUUUCUGCCAUGGAAGCCAAGGCUUGGGGCGCCUGGGGGCGCUCAGUCUGUGAAACAGCUGCCGUUGGCUCAGGUCAUGAGCCAGGGUCCUGGGAUCGAGCCCCACAUCAGGCUCCCCACUGGAUGGGCAGCCUGCUUCUCCCUCUUCAACACUUGUGCUCUCCUGCUCUCCCUCUCUCUUAAAUAAAUAUUAAAAAAAAAAAAAAAAAAAAAGCAGCAGCAGCAGCAGCCCAGGCUCUGGGCAGCCCCAGGGAGUCACACCACUGAGAGCAAGUCCCAGAAGCAGCACCCUACCACCCUCCCCUGACAUUCCUCAGGCACUCUCUAAACCCCAGGCUGGGCCAAGGGGGUGAGCGACACCCCACUGCCCUGCUCACCCCCCCAACCCACCCCCUCUCCCACCUCCCAGCCUUUCUCUCCUGAUUCUCGUAAGGCUCAUUCAGCCACUCUGCCAACAGCCUCGCUGCCGAGUCCCUGUGAUGUGCCAGGUGCAGCAGAGGGAUAUGUGGUGGUGACCAAAGCCACCAUUCACCACCCUUCUCUAGUGACUUAAUUACAGGAUCCAUGCUCCAGAGGGGACAUGCAGGAGCAAUGAGAAUACACGACCUACUGGAGAGCUCUGACCAAGCCUGGGGUUUGGGAAGGAUCUCCCCAGAGGGAGGGAGCACCCUUUGCACAGAGAACCGGCAGACGAGCACAGGUUGGAACAUUCUGGGCACUGCCAGCAUUGCAGUAAUUCCCGUGAGCCUGCUCCUUGACCUCUGCACUCCCAGCCCCUGGAGCUCAGCACUGCUUUGGGUGAACCCUCAGGGAGACACCAUAAAGACGCACAGCCCAAGCUCUACCUCCUUCCGAUCCCCUGGGGUCAGGAAGAUCCACCAGUCUGCACCUCGAAUUAGCACACAACUUGAGAAACAAUGUCUUUUUUUUUUUUUUUUUAGCUUUUUAUGCUUUUAAUGUUUUUAUGAAGGUCAAACAUGCACAGGGCAUGAAGAAAGAAAUCCAAACUGCCUACAAUAAACAGUGAAAAGAA